CCGGACUGUUAUUCUCUCUUAAUUAAUAAAAAAUUUUGCCAGCUGUAGAAUAGAAGACACGCAUAAUGUUCCACUUCUCAAGUCAAGAAGACGAAUUGAGUUCUCACUAUGACGAAGAAAUUUCUCGUGACACACCAGACACACCAGGUGGAAUUCAUGGACAAUCUACUGUGGACAUACCUAAUUCACAAACGGAACCUGACGAAAAUACACACCUUCUUCACAAAAUAAGGCCUUCAAGGAAGCAAGUUUAUAAUUGGGCUCAGAUUCAGUUGAAGUUUAGCGUACUCCCUGUUGCAGUGGUUCUUGCUUGGUGUGCAAUACCUGUUCCUUACAAUGAUCCUAAUGAUGAUAGUAACAUAUUUUCAAUUGAUCACAUUAAAAAACGUCUAUUAGGUCUUUAUUCUCCAUCAAAUGAUACUGAUUCUUAUCUUAAAGAUGAAAAAGUAGAGAUCAAUUUUUGGUUCUUUCUAUUUUUCUAUUAUGGUAUUUACAACGCCAUAGCACUUUUAAUGAUCACAAAAAUAUUUGAUCUUUAUUCUCUUAAUUGGUGGCCAAAAUGGCUUGGAGGUCGUUUCGCGUAUUGUGUAUUUUGGCUCAUGUCACUUUUAGUUGGAGUGUUGAUAUAUUUAUUUACUGGAUUAGAAAAAUAUACUUUAACGUGGGUUUUACUCACAUUUAUGACAAUGAAUAUGCCUCUUUUAGUGGCAUUUGUUGUCAUUCGUUCACAAAAUCGAAACACUUAUCGACAUUCUCUUACUCUCCUUCAAAAAACAUUUCUUGAACGUCAAUUAGAAUAUCGUAUACCAGCUUCUUAUGUUAGAUUCUUGUGGUUUUGCACCACAUUGUUCCUUGUAAUUGCGGCAUUCAUAGCUGGUGAAGCUUAUGCGCAUGUUUUUUUAAUGUCACCUGAAACACAUUCUGGCAUAGAUGCAUUUAUCUAUGUUUAUUCGUGGCUUGCUACUAUUUAUAUUCUUGACACAGUUACGGAAUAUAUUAUUGAAACUAGAGUUAAGUCGCAUCCCUUACAAUUCGUCUUCAAACUUUACUUUUUUAUGAUUUACUUUAUCUUUUAUCGUAAUCUUUUCGCCCGUUUACGUGAUAGUGAACAAUAUAUUCUUAUUCAAGCCGCAAGUUCAUUGUGGGUUUGCAUCUUUUAUCCACUAUGUAUGACGCGUAAAGUUCAUGAGUUUCUUGUAGAUUAUGUUGGAAUUAGAAGGAGAGAUUAUAAUGAAUAUCAAAAAUAUUGUGGGAGAUCAUUUUUUAUUAGAAAUUUAGCAGAAAAUGCUACAAUGCUUGGAUUUAUUUGUUGGAUAUAUAUAAUACAUAAUGGACCAAAUAAUCGAGUAUAUCCAUAUUUUAAUUUUGAAGAUGGUAACGCAUUCAAUUAUAAGUUAACAUUACGAGCAAGUUGUGUUAUAUGGGCAUUUGAACUUGCAAGUUCUGCAAUCACACGGACAAUAUAUAAGAGAGUGUUUAAUCACAAUAUAUCACGUGAAGCCAUGAAAGAUUUUGAAAGUCAUCCUAAAAUGGUAAUCACGAUGAUAGUAAUUAUUAUACACGUUCUUCAAGAUAUGUUAUUAGCUCUCAUAAGUUUGAACUUUGAAGGUGGGCAUAGUAAAAAGCAAAAACCAUGAUGCUAAAUUUGUAAGUCUAAAUACUGUGAAUUCAAUAUAUGUGUAUGAUGAAACGGAUCACUCCGGCAUUUAUUCUGAUUCUUAAAGUGGUUUAAAAAAUAGAUGAGCAAAAUUAGAGUAUUUAUUUUAUAUAAAGGUUUUUAUGGGAAAAAUAUAACUGUAAAGAACGCGCUGGAAAAUUAAUUUCGCUUUCUUUAAAACUGUAUGAUUAUUUUAACUCAUUACAUAUCUAACUCAUUUAUUAAAUCUUUCUCACUAAUUAUUUUAUUUCUUCUCUUAUUAAGUUAAGAGAAAAGAAAAAAAAAAAAAUAAUUAUUUUGUAAAAAAAAUUUACUUAUUUACUUAUUUAUUUCCUUU